AGAAUCUGAUGCUGCUGGAGAACUCCGGUUCUGUGCGCUGCACUGCUGGGUGCAGAGGCCUGACCUGGCUCCCUCCCCGCAAGGACUCUCGCACCUGCCUCCUCUUUGUUCUCUAACACAAAGGUUCCCAGCCUUGAGGCUGCGCUUGGAAACACCUGGAGAACUUUUUAAAUGCUCUUACCUGACUCCCCCGCCCCCUUCCAACUCAGAAAUUCUGAUUUAAUAAUCCAGGGAUUAGGCUAGCAGAAUUUUUAAACAUCCCUUAGGGCUUUUGUUCAAAAUCUUGGCGAGCGUGUCGGUCUAUGCGACCUAAUUUCCAGCUUCUUAAUCUGACCGCCUGGGGAAAAUAAGAAAGAAAGAAAGAAAGAAAGGAGAGCGGAGCAAAUAGCGCGCGGAGCCGGGGACUGCCCCACCCUUGCGAGGGCGCCGCCUGCCCGCCUUUAGAAUUGGCCUCUGGCGUGCGCCGCGAUAAACCCCUGAGCUUUGCCCAGCAGCGAACCAGUGACAGCAGUGCCCGAGGCGGACGAGACCGGCUUCUCCGCGGACUGCGAGGGCAGAGUGUCCGGGGUGUCAGCCAGACUAUGGCUCCCAGCCUGAGCUCAGCAAAGGAAUUAUUAAGAUUCUUAGGAAAAUCAGUGUUUACUGUUCUGGAGACUAUGGUCUUUACCUUAAUCCCAAAGCCACGGAAGAAUGUUGCUGGUGAAAUCAUACUCAUAACAGGAGCUGGGAGUGGACUUGGGAGGCUCUUAGCCCUCAAAUUUGCCCGCCUUGGAGCUGUGCUUGUUCUCUGGGAUAUCAACAAGGAGGGGAAUGAGGAGACAUGCAAGAUGGCUCAGGACGCUGGAGCUGUAAGAGCUUAUGCCUAUACCUGUGACUGCAGUCGAAAGGAAGAAGUGUAUCGAGUGGCUGAUCAGGUUAAAAAAGAAGUUGGUGACAUUUCCAUCCUAAUCAAUAAUGCCGGCAUCGUAACAGGCAAAAAGUUCCUCGACUGCCCAGAUGAACUUAUGGAAAAGUCUUUCGAUGUGAAUUUCAAAGCACAUUUAUGGACUUAUAAAGCCUUCCUACCUGCUAUGAUCGCUAAUGACCAUGGACAUUUGGUUUGCAUUUCAAGUUCAGCUGGAUUAAUUGGAGUAAAUGGGCUGGCAGAUUAUUGUGCAAGUAAAUUUGCAGCCUUUGGAUUUGCUGAAUCUGUAUUUAUAGAAACAUUUGCCCAGAAUAAAAGGGGAAUCAAAACCACUAUUGUGUGCCCAUUUUUCAUAAAAACUGGAAUGUUUGAAGGUUGUACUACCAGCUGCCCUUCUCUGUUACCAAUUCUGGAACCAGAAUAUGCAGUCAGAAAGAUAGUAGAUGCUAUCUUACAAGAAAAACUUUACUUGUAUAUGCCAAGGUUUUUAUAUAUCAUGGUGUUUUUAAAAAGUGUCCUGCCCCUCAAGAUGGCACUGCUCUUGGCUGAAUAUAUGGGUACCUUCAAGGUAAUGGAUGGCUUCCUUGGCCAAAAGAAGAAGGACUAAAAACCAACUCUAUGGCUGAUUUCAUCUGAAAACUCAACAUUACGUAUCGCUAAUUUCAAAGAAGAAAAGGAUUUUUGUCUGAUAAAAUAUAUCUGAAGGCUACAACUAUUCUUAUUCUGCUAUCUGGAUUAGUAUUUUCAAUCAACACUUUUGAAAAUAAUGUUGCUAUCUGCUUUUUGUUUAGUUUUUUGUGUUUUUUUUUUUUUUUUUAACUAAUAAAAGCAGCCCAUUUUUGUCAUCUCUGCUUGCAACAGAUGUGAGAGAAUCUUCUCUCUCAUGAACUGCCUUUUGCUCUGGUCAUUGGGGAGGUGUCUCAAAUGGAGCAGGUAGCUGUGCUUGAGCCUACAUUGGGGAACGGGGGGCGGGGGUGGAGGAUGAAGAGCAGGAUGAGUGUUUAGCUGGAAUGCCCUCCUUCCAGAAGAUACAGAGGACUCUGGAUUUCCUAUCACCUCACUCUCAGCCUUGACCUUUUUAAACCUGUGCCACCUGGUGUAGAAAAGUCCAGCCUCCCAAGUCCUUCUUUCCAAAGCAGCCACACAAAUGCUUACUUCUACAUGCCCUGGAUACUCACAGACUAAGUAUCAAUUCUGCUGAAGGUACAUCAGGGGCCACUGUGUUAGAGAGCCUUCCUGUCUAUUCUGGAAUGAUCCUAGUAGGCAGUGACCCUAGAUCAAACUCAAAAUGGGAUCACUUUUUUUCCUAGAAGAGAUCAAAGAAUGGUGGCUUCUUACUCUGAAAAUGAUGUUCUACUGAGUUAGAUGAACUGCUAUCUAUUAAUCCAGAAAACACACUCAUGUGGUUAAUUUCAAGUGUUAUGUUAGUAUUUCAAGUUGGAAUUCAUGUUGAGGUAUUUUUCCACAGGAUGGGCAAUUUUAUUCAUUUGUAUUCAUCAGUGCUGCCUUCAUUUCACAUCGAUUGUAUUCUUACAGUUUAAUCGACUGGCCAACCUCUUUCAUGCUUUUGGAGAUUGACCAUAAAAGAAAGAUUAAGAAAAAUGUGUUGAUUACCAUCCCCUGGAACUCCUUCCCAGGCCAGACGGGCCACCUGCAUUGCAAGAAAAACAGCAGCUUUUGUCUCUUUCCUUCUUUUGUGUGGGGAGCAGGAAGGGAAGACCCUGUGAGAGUCAAAAGAAAAGGAUUUGAAUAUCUUGGAGGUAAGUUGCUCUUAGAAGGGCAACAGGAAUGUGUUAUCUGGAAUCCACUGUGGACUGAUUUAUAUUGAGCUGUCUGCAUGAUUCUGACAACUCUGCUCCUGUAUUUCCUUUCCAUUCAGAAAGGCUUUUUUAAAAAUUUAUGAU